UCAACGCUAAGUAUAUUUACUAACAAGACAUUACUGAAAACUAUUUGAAUAAUCAAACGUAUUUUUAUUAUUAAGUAAUAAUAAAAUGAUAGCUAAAAAUUUAAUAAGUUUUGAUUUGUGACGACAGUUGAAGAGGCUGUGUAUUUUUACUUUUAAUUUUUAACCUAUUUUUGAGUAAACGUGCUUUUUUAUAAAUUGAGUAAAGUGUUUGUAUUUUAUUAAUUAAACAAUAAUGUUACAAGUACUCCGAGAACGUUCGCAAAAACGUAAAAAAUUAUUAGCACAAGCGCUAGGAGUUGCUAAUCCUGAUGAAUUACGACAAGCAUUGGGCACGGAUGUUGACGGAAUCCAAAAAAAGAAGACUAGAGUUAGAAUAAUCAAGUCUGAUCAAGAAAAAACCAAGGAUCAAAAAGAUAAUAUAGUUUUAGGUGAUGAAAUAGUAUACAAAGACUCUUCAACAUUUUUAAAGGGCACCCAGUCGUCUAAUCCGCACAAUGACUACUGUCAGCAUUUUAUUGACACUGGCCAGCGUCCGCAAAAUUUCAUCCGGGACGUAGGCUUGGCAGACAGGUUCGAAGAGUACCCGAAGCUGCGUGAGCUGAUAAAGCUCAAGGACGAUUUAAUUUCGGAAACAGCGACGCCUCCGAUGUAUUUGAAGACAAACUUGUCGACCUACAACUUGAAAGAACUUAACUGUAAGUUCGACGUUAUCUUGAUAGAGCCGCCAUUGGAGGAGUACCAGAGAACCUGUGGUGCUACCAACGUCGAGCUCUGGAACUGGGACCAGAUAAUGGAACUAGACAUCGGAGAAGUCGCGGCGAAUCGCAGCUUCGUCUUCCUUUGGUGUGGAAGCAGCGAUGGCUUGGAUAUGGGACGGUUUUGUCUAAGGAAAUGGGGCUUCCGUCGCUGUGAAGACAUCUGCUGGAUCCGGACAAAUAUUGAUAAUCCUGGACACAGCAAGAAUCUUGACAGCAAAGCAGUUUUACAACGAACUAAAGAACACUGUCUUAUGGGUAUUAAAGGAACAGUCAGACGGUCUACGGAUGGGGAUUUUAUUCAUGCGAAUGUUGAUAUUGAUUUAAUUAUUUCGGAGGAACCUGAGUAUGGUUCUAUUGAAAAACCUGUUGAGAUUUUUCAUAUUAUUGAACAUUUUUGUCUAGGAAGAAGACGACUUCAUUUAUUUGGAAGAGACAGCACAAUUCGUCCAGGAUGGUUGACAGUAGGUCCGGAGCUGACCAAUACUAAUUUCAAUGCCGAUUUAUACAGCGGAUAUUUCGCAUCUGGUCAAACAACAACAGGUUGUACAGAAAGAAUAGAAGCUUUGAGACCAAAAUCUCCUCCUCCUAAGGGCAAGGUCGCGGGACGAGGUCGUGGGGCCUUUAAUCGUGGAGGUCGUGGAAGAGGAAGAUGAAACUCAGAUUCCUAAUCGACGUCUUCUCAAAUCUGGAUUUUUAGUUUUUAAUUUUCAAUUUAAUCUUAAAUUUUUUAAUUAUUUUACUACUCAAUUUAUCGCUUCAACAAAAUAAUUGAAUUUAUAACAAAU